AUGACCAGAGAUACUGGUGAUCAAGAUACCAGUCAGCAGAUCAUCCAAUUUGAUCAACGUUUACGGAGUACUCAUCGAGAGAUUUUGUCCACUCGCACUCACACACAAAAGAAAGCUCGGCCGACGUCUUGGGACCGGUACCCGAACAACUCGGUAUCGGUCCCCCCAUUACCGAGUAAUGAACGACAUCAUCAAUCACCGCAGAGUAAGGUAUUUGAUCCCAUCUUCAGAGCUAUGCGGCCAUGGGAAACCCUACACCACACCACUUCAUCGCCAGAGUCCACGCGCGCCAAGGGGUCAGUGCUUGCUUUGAUAUGUGCACUCAGUGAACGGGACAGAGCAAGAGAUGAUCCUCAAGACCAUCCGGCCCGGAUUUGGGACCUGUAUGCUCGGAGCGGGCGCCAGAUCUACCUGCUCUAUGAUAGCACAGCCCGCUCGCGAUCAUGGAGGCUCUGGUCCGGUCUCAUUCACACAUCAUCACAGCGAAGAAACACGUUUUUGGCAAAGACGAACCUAACGAACCGCGGGCGACUCAGGCGAAAUCCGCACCUAAACAUGACCUAA